GGGGGGCGGGGGGCGGGGCCGAGGUCCGCGCGCGCCUGUGAUUGGUCGGCGCCUGCGCGCGAGCAGAAACACGGCAACACCGGGGCGAGGUGAGAGCGUCUCGGCCGGGCUCCGGAUCUCCACGCUGAGGGAGUCUGGGCUCUCAGGAUGGUGAGCACUCGUCUUACCGUUAACCUUGCUGCCGUUUCCUUGCGUUAACAUCACGGACAGGUCACAACCAUUAAGAUACGAGUACGAGCGAGAUGCGUUUCCUGCUGCUGUUCAGCCGUCAGGGGAAGCUCCGGCUGCAGAAAUGGUUCGCGGCUCUCGGCGAUCGCGACAAGAAGAAGAUCAUCAGAGACGUCACGCAAACGGUGCUGGCUCGGCCGCCGAAGUCCUGCAACUUCCUGCAGUGGAGGGAUCUGAAGAUCGUGUACAGGAGGUACGCGAGUCUGUAUUUCUGUUGUGGUUUGGAGCAAGGGGACAACGAGCUGCUCACGCUGGAGCUUCUGCACAGAUACGUCGAGCUGCUGGAUCAGUACUUUGGCAAUGUGUGUGAGUUAGACAUUAUUUUUAACUUUGAGAAGGCUUACUUUAUCCUGGAUGAGUUUGUAAUUGGUGGAGAAGUGCAGGAAACAUCUAAAGCGUCUGUGGCCAAAUCAAUGGAGGAGGCAGAUUCUCUUCAGGAGACAAUGGAGGAGUAUUUAAACAAACCCACAUACUGAAGGAACAUGUUCAGAUCAUCACAGCCAUCGUUUCACUCCUCAAAGACACAAAAACAACAACUUCCUGUGCUGAAUGCAUUUAAUUGAGCUUCCAUGCAAAGUCACAACACUGAAAUAGCAACACUUUGCAUUAAUAAGCAUUUCAAACUACCUUUGAUGCAGCGAGAAUAUUAUUGAGUUUAAUAUGCAGCACAUUUGUUUUUAGACAAUCACGUGUACUUUCAUUGAUCAAGGAUGCAUUCAAUUGAUCGAAUGUGACAGUAAAGGCAUUCAUAAUGUUAAAAAA